CGGCCCUCGCUUGCAUUGGUGGCGAAAUUCCCACUCUUCUUGUUGCAAAGUUCUACCAAAACUCUACAGAAUGGCUGAUUUCGAAGCUCCCCGCGGUGUGACCGUCCGUGACGUCAAGCCCGCUGAUUUCAUCAAGCUCUACGCUGAGCACCUCAAGCGCUCGGGCAAGAUGGAGCUCCCCAACUGGUGGGACAUCGUCAAGACGGCUUCGUACAAGGAGCACUCGCCCGUCGAUGCCGACUGGUACUACAUCCGUGCCGCCUCGAUCGCCCGCAAGGUCUACCUCCGCGAAAACACGGGUAUCGGUGCCCUCAAGAAGGUCUACGGUGGCGCUGCCCGCCGUGGUGUCCUCCGCCAGCGCUUCCAGACGGCGUCGGGUGGUCUCAUCCGCCACAUCCUCCACCAGCUCGAGGAGAUGAAGGUCGUCGAGAAGUGCCCCGAGGGUGUCAACAAGGGCGGCCGCCGCAUCACCAGCCACGGCCAGACCGAUCUUGACCGCAUCGCCGGCCAGGUCGCCCGUAACUAAGUUGUUAAUGGAACACAGUUGCAACAAGAAACCAGUGACGCGAAACCAAUAACAUGAGUCUUGGUUAAAAUCCAC